UUUCUUUUUAAUUUUUAUCCUUUGAAAUGGAAAUGGAUUGAAUUCGCACAUAUAUGAAUUCAGAUAUCUCAAAUAUUCUCCAAUAUCUAUUUUCCUAUUUCCUUACAAUUUCCAUCCCACCCACUCCUCCCCACCCACGCCUCCUCCCUCCAUUUCGUCGUCGCUUCCCUUUUUUGCCGUGCGAAUCCUCUGACCCCAUCGCGGAGUCGCAGCCGCAGCCCACCGGAGGGAACCCUAGCCAGCGCCCGCCGACCGCUACAACCGCCGCCGCACCGCAUGGCGUCCCCGGCUCGGCCCGCCGCCGCCUCCGUCUCCGGCGCCUUCGGCCUCUCGCCCGACCCCAAGCGCUGCUCCUUCGACAAGGCGCUCCGGCAAAAGGAUUUUCAGGAGAACAGACUGUUGAUGUCAUUUGUUAAUUUCCAUGAGCAAGAAAAAAUUUCUAAAGAAAUUGUAGCAGAAGCUAUAGAGAAUUGCAUGAAGAAACAAGCAGAUAACUUGUUGAAUUCGCUGGAAGUCAUCAGUGGUAGGCUGUCGCAAUUGGAGUUAUAUUGCUAUAAGUUGGAACGGUCUAUUGGAGAACUACGAAGUGAUGUGAUGGAUUAUCAUGGUGAAGCAAAUCUUAACUACCGUUGCCUUGAAAAGCAUGUGAAAGAGGUUCAGCAAUCCGUGCAGGUCCUUCAGGAAAAGCAGGAGCUGGCAGAGACCCAGAAAGAAAUGAGCAAACUUCAGAUAGUACACGAGGACUCUGCACAAAAGAGUGAAGGUACUGCUCCAUCAGUUUUCAUGGCUCGAGAAAAUGAGCUCGCCCUCGUGCCGUUGCCCCAAGUAAACGCUGUCCAGUCUCCUGCUAUGCAAUUCCAAAGUUGCAAUCGACUUAUUUUACAGCAACUGGUGCCAGUCUCUUUGAGCACCCAGCAAGACCCGCACCGUUCGAACCAAACAACCAUGUACUGUAUGCAAGGCCAAAGUCAUAUAGAGCACAGACAGGCCCAGCCCUUCCAAGCUACCGCUCAAUCUGUGCAGCCACUUCACCAGAAGCCUCAGCCUCAGACAGUAGUUGAGGUACCUCAGGUAACUAGUCAGGCACCAGAGUUCUACAUUCAAUCUCAGCAGCAAUGGCCACAUCAAAUAACUCAGCAGGUUCAGUCCCAGGCAAGGCAACCACAACCACAGGUGGUACAACAGCAGCAGUACAGCAAUAUUCAGCAAGUUCCAGCACAUAUGGUUCAGCUACAAACGUCUUCUCCACAGGCUCUUAGCGCACCUCAGGUUACGCUGGUAUAUCCUCCAUAUGGGCCUCAUCAGUCUGCAUGUGCUAACGCUGAGGCACGCACUGGAGGCAUGGUUGUGCAGCCUUCGUACUCCACAAUUUCCUCAUCUCAGCGGAAGCAUCAUGAAGUUGCUCCUACUUAUGUACAAAGCAACACAGUUUCUGUUCCAUUAGCAGAACCGCAUCAGCCUCAGCAGCUUCAUUCGCUUGGCCAUUGCUCAUUUGUACCUCAACCAAGCAAGGUUGGUCCAAGUGGCGUUGCACCAUAUGCAGUACAAGGGAGUGCACAGACCUACAACACUGCUUAUGGGAGCCCUUCCAGCAAUCCUGCUACCAUUGUUGCUGUCCUUAAUCAACAAGCACAUGGUAGUGCUCUGAUGGUGCUUCAUCAUUUGGGUCCUCAAUCAGUGCAGAACCAUCCAGACAUUGCUGAAAAGGUUGCUCGAAUGGGUUACUCAAAGGAUCAAGUUGAGGGCAUUGCACUCCGUAUGGUGGCUGCAGGCCAGCCUGCAGAAUAUAACCCCCUGCAUGACAGGCUGAGCUCUGUUAGCCAUGGGGUGGCUCCCCAGACAUGGUCUGGGUAGUCAAGAACGACGAAUUCGGCAUUGAUGCACACUCAUGAGUUGUUUGUGUGAUAUAUCACGGUAUGGGUAACUUAUUAUCAUCGGAAAUCUUCAGGUAUUUCCCCUGGCAUCUUUUUUAUCAGCCAGGAUUACGUAUCCACCAGCUUAUUUUUUUCCAGCUGGAGGGUACGAUGAAAUAAGACUGUUCAGAUUAGCUAAAGUGAUGAUUGUUGGCAUGUGUCCUACCUUUUAAUGGACAUGUAUGCUUGUAACUUGACUUGCACACGCAUGUUUGCAAUAUAAAGAUGUGAUAAAUUUGUUGGUUU